GGGAGACAUCCCGGGAGAACUCCGAGCUCGGAGCGCUCGGCUAAGACCCGGGCAACAUGCCUGUUCGCAGGGGGCAUGUGGCACCUCAAAACACCUUCCUGGGGACCAUCAUACGGAAAUUUGAAGGACAGAAUAAAAAAUUUAUCAUUGCAAAUGCCAGAGUGCAGAACUGUGCCAUCAUCUACUGCAAUGACGGGUUCUGCGAGAUGACUGGGUUCUCCAGGCCAGAUGUCAUGCAGAAGCCAUGCACCUGCGACUUCCUUCACGGGCCUGAGACCAAGAGGCAUGACAUUGCCCAGAUUGCCCAGGCGUUGCUGGGGUCAGAGGAGAGGAAAGUGGAGGUCACCUACUAUCAUAAAAAUGGCUCCACUUUCAUUUGUAACACUCACAUAAUCCCAGUGAAGAACCAAGAGGGUGUGGCUAUGAUGUUCAUCAUUAAUUUUGAGUAUGUGACAGAUGAAGAUAGUGCUGCCUCCCCAGAGAGGGUAAACCCAAUCUUACCAGUCAAAUCUGUAAACCGGAAACUCUUUGGGUUCAAAUUUCCCGGGCUAAGAGUUCUAACAUACAGAAAGCAGUCCUUGCCACAGGAAGACCCGGAUGUGGUAGUCAUUGAUUCCUCCAAACACAGCGAUGACUCUGUGGCCAUGAAACACUUCAAGUCUCCCACGAAAGAAAGUUGCAGUCCCUCUGAAGCAGAUGACACAAAGGCCUUGAUACAGCCUAGCCAGUGUUCCCCCUUAGUGAACAUAUCCGGACCUCUGGACCAUUCCUCUCCCAAAAGGCAAUGGGACCGCCUCUACCCUGACAUGCUGCAGUCAAGUUCCCAACUAACACACUCCAGAUCAAGGGAAAGCCUCUGCAGCAUCCGGAGAGCAUCUUCAGUUCACGAUAUAGAAGGCUUCAGUGUCCAUCCCAAGAACAUAUUUAGAGAUCGACAUGCCAGUGAAGACAAUGGUCGCAAUGUCAAAGUUUCACGUUCCUGGAUGGCAGGGGGGCCUUUUAAUCAUAUCAAGUCAAGUCUGCUGGGGUCCACAUCGGAUUCAAACCUCAACAAAUACAGCACCAUCAACAAGAUUCCUCAGCUCACUCUGAACUUUUCAGAUGUCAAAACUGAAAAAAAGAAUACAUCCCCUCCCUCUUCAGAUAAAACUAUUAUUGCACCCAAGGUCAAAGAACGGACACACAAUGUGACAGAGAAAGUAACCCAGGUUCUUUCUUUGGGAGCAGAUGUCUUGCCAGAAUACAAGCUGCAGACACCACGUAUCAACAAAUUUACAAUAUUGCACUACAGCCCUUUCAAAGCAGUCUGGGAUUGGCUUAUUUUACUACUGGUCAUUUAUACUGCUAUCUUCACCCCCUACUCUGCAGCCUUUCUCCUCAAUGACAGAGAAGAACAAAAAAGGCGAGAAUGUGGCUAUUCUUGUAGCCCUUUGAAUGUGGUAGACUUGAUUGUGGAUAUUAUGUUUAUUAUAGACAUUCUAAUAAACUUCAGAACAACCUAUGUAAAUCAAAAUGAAGAAGUGGUAAGUGAUCCUGCCAAAAUAGCAAUACACUACUUCAAAGGCUGGUUCCUGAUUGACAUGGUUGCAGCCAUCCCUUUUGACUUGCUGAUUUUUGGAUCAGGUUCUGAUGAGACAACAACAUUAAUUGGUCUUUUGAAGACUGCGCGGCUCCUUCGUCUUGUGCGCGUGGCCAGGAAGCUGGAUCGCUAUUCCGAAUACGGCGCCGCGGUUCUUAUGCUCUUAAUGUGCAUAUUUGCCCUGAUUGCCCACUGGCUGGCUUGCAUCUGGUAUGCGAUUGGGAAUGUAGAGAGGCCCUAUCUGACUGACAAAAUUGGAUGGUUGGAUUCCUUAGGACAACAAAUUGGGAAACGUUACAAUGACAGUGACUCGAGUUCUGGACCGUCCAUUAAAGACAAAUACGUCACGGCACUUUAUUUUACCUUCAGCAGUUUGACCAGUGUAGGAUUUGGAAAUGUGUCUCCCAACACCAAUUCGGAGAAAAUCUUCUCCAUUUGUGUCAUGUUGAUUGGCUCCCUAAUGUAUGCAAGCAUUUUUGGGAAUGUUUCUGCAAUUAUUCAAAGACUGUACUCGGGGACCGCCAGGUACCACAUGCAGAUGCUGAGAGUGAAAGAGUUCAUUCGCUUCCACCAAAUCCCCAACCCCCUGCGGCAACGGCUUGAAGAAUAUUUCCAGCACGCAUGGACUUACACCAACGGCAUUGACAUGAACAUGGUCUUAAAGGGAUUCCCAGAAUGUUUACAAGCUGACAUUUGCCUGCAUCUGAACCAGACUUUGCUGCAAAACUGCAAAGCCUUUCGAGGAGCAAGUAAAGGCUGCCUUAGAGCUUUGGCAAUGAAGUUCAAAACCACCCACGCGCCUCCAGGAGACACCCUGGUUCACUGUGGGGAUGUCCUAACUGCACUGUACUUCUUAUCCAGAGGCUCCAUAGAAAUCCUCAAGGAUGACAUAGUGGUAGCUAUUCUCGGAAAAAAUGAUAUCUUUGGAGAAAUGGUUCAUCUUUAUGCCAAGCCUGGCAAGUCUAAUGCAGAUGUGAGAGCACUCACAUACUGUGACCUGCAUAAGAUCCAGCGAGAAGACUUACUGGAGGUCUUGGAUAUGUACCCCGAGUUCUCCGACCACUUUCUGACGAAUCUAGAACUGACUUUCAACCUGAGACACGAGAGUGCAAAGUCCCAAUCCAUAAAUGAUUCUGAAGGGGACACCUGUAAACUACGAAGAAGAAGACUGUCCUUUGAAAGUGAAGGCGAGAAAGAUUUUAGCAAAGAAAACAGCACAAAUGAUCCCGACGAUUCCACAGAUACAAUAAGGCGUUAUCAGGGUUCCAAAAAGCCCUUCGAAGAAAGGAAAAGCAGGUCGUCGUCCUUCAUCUCCUCCAUCGAUGAUGAACAAAAGCCACUCUUCUUGGGAACCAUAGACUCUACUCCAAGAAAGGUGAAGUCAACCCGACUCCACGGUGAAGAAACAGUGCCCCCCUCAGGAAGAAUCCACAUGGAUAAAAGAAGCCACUCUUGCAGAGAUAUCACUGAUGCACACAGCUGGGAAAGAGAGCCUGCCAGGGCUCAGCCUGAAGAAAGCAGUCCGCCAGGACUUCAGAGAGCUGCUUGGGGGAUCUCUGAGACUGAAAGUGACCUCACCUAUGGGGAAGUGGAGCAAAGGUUAGAUCUACUUCAAGAACAACUUAACAGACUUGAAUCCCAAAUGACAACAGACAUCCAGACCAUCUUACAGCUCCUGCAGAAGCAAAGCACAGUGGUCCCUCCAGCCUACAGCAUGGUAACCGCAGGAGCGGAAUACCAGAGACCUGUCCUGCGGCUGCUGAGAACCAGUCAGCCCAGAGCAUCCAUUAAGACUGACCGGAGUUUCAGCCCCUCCUCACAAUGUCCUGAAUUUCUAGACCUUGAAAAAUCUAAACUCAAAUCCAAAGAAUCCCCCUCAAGCGGAAGGCAUCUGAACACAGCCUCAGAAGAAAAGUUGACUUCACCUUCAACACGAGACGGCGAUGUGUCUGUAGAGCUUCACCCGCGGCCAAGAAAAACCUACCUUCAUCCCAUCCGGCACCCGUCUCUGCCAGACUCUUCCCUAAGCACUGUAGGGAUCCUGGGUCUCCAUAGGCAUGUCUCUGACCCUGGUCUUCCAGGAAAGUAAUCCUUUUGUACUAUUUCCUCCACAUCCAAUGUAAGUGCUUUUAAUGGCUGUUUUCCUUUUUGUAUUUAAAUCCUCUCUACUUGACUCAGGGGCUCACAAGGUACCAUUAUAUGCAAAAGUACUGUAUAUUUUUCCUAAAUUGAAGCUUGUAGGGUAAAGUUGAGCAGUUAGGAUGUAAAUAUACAUUAAGAGCUUUUGGUUCCAAAUGUUCAAACUGCCAGCAUCUCAAGGCACCUUAUUUUUUGAUUUUAUUUUUGAAAUCAUGUGCAUGCUAGGAAACUCCAGUUUCUCUUGCAUGGAGACUCCUAUUUGCCGCUAUUACUGAAUCAGUGCUUGAUUAUGAAAAAGCCUUCCAGCAAAUAAGAAACUGAGGAAUGAAAAUGGUCAGGAUUGCAACUCAGAUGAUCCUGCACUCACGGGAUUUCAAGGGGGGGGAUAGAGGGAAGUUAGUCACUUUGGAGAACGGAUUUCCUUCUCUAUUGACAUGUUUAUAGUUACUUACCUUCAUUUCCUAGAACAAUAAAAAAGAAGUUGGACUUACACGUAUUAGAAAGGAAGCUAAAUCCAAAAGCAUCAAAGGAUAUGGUUCCUUCUUAAUAGAUUUGUAGUUUGUUAAUAUAAACUCCAGAAAACACCUGUGAGGUUUCCUCAGGAACUCAGGCCCUAGUUUCAUGGCCCAGGUUUAGAAGACCUUCAGCAAGAGCUCCUCAUUUUGGAGAAGUAACAGCAAAGCUGUCCCAGGAAACUUCUGGCAGCUGCAGUCUCUGUGCCAGUGAGCAAUCUAUCCAUAAGGAGUCUCUAUAUCCUGCUUUUAGACCGGCAAGUGGGAGGAGAGGAGAGACCUUUGUUUUUCUGCCCUAUGUUUGGACAGACUGAGGAGGCGCACUGCUUCCCCAGGUUGUCUUCAGCUAAACCAUUAUGAAUACAGGACAAUAUCAGUGAGAGAAUAAAAUAGUCUCUAGCAAAUUCUUCAGGAGCUUCAUUCACGAGCUUCCUAAAAUAUUUACAAUAGUACAUUUUUCUGAAGUCUUAAACUGAAGAUUAUUUUGUGUGCUGGGGUGGCUCCUAACAUGCCCCUUAUAUAAAAAGACAUUCACAAUUUGUUCAGAUUUAUGUGAGACCAAUCUUUCAUUUGAUUAAAUAGUAGACACCCAUAUUUUUUAAAUGUUCAAUUUCAGAAUAUUUGUCAGCAAAAUUGUCUUUCAUUAAAAAUGGGGUUGUUUCCUUGCUUCAUUAUCCCAGCUGCGGAAAACAUUGUUCAUUGGCCCACCUAGAACCUUUUAUUUUUUUAUUUGUUUAGUUUUUUGAAACAAAGUUUCUCUGUAGCUUUGGAGCCUGUCCUGGAACUAGCUCUUGUAGAUCAGGCUGGUCUCGAACUCACAGAGAUCUGCCUAUCUCUGCCUCCCGAGUGCUGGGAUUAAAGGCGUGCAUCACCACCACCUGCACUUAGAAACUUCUUAAGUAAGUUGAAAAUUAAGUGAAAAAUCCAUUACGUAUAGGAUAGACUGAUUCUAUAUUGAUUUGAUCACAGAAUAUAUAUAUAUAUAUAUAUAGUGGAAGAAUAUAUUCUAACACCUUUGAGUGCUAUCUACUGUUUUGUAAAAGGAGAUGGCAUCUGGAUUGUAAAAUCAACACAGGAAAAAAUACAAUUUACAAUUAAUGAUGGGUCAAACUCUAGUUAAAUUUUAUUUUCAACUCAAUUAUAAUCUUAAAAUUAUUAUAUACUAGCCCUUAGCUUUCUUUUCUCCUGAACAAACACCUAGAAAUUUGUUGGGAGCCUCUUGGUUUUUCUAAAAAUUCUUAUGUUCCCACAGAGUUUUAAAUAGUAGUUUGUCUGCACGUUAUUAAAUGGUUGAAUUUUCUUUCACCUUUAACACUAAUCGUUAAUCCACUUCAAAUGCAAGCAAUUUAUUAAAUGCAUAUAACAUUAUUCCUCUAUUUAAAUUGUGAUGAGAGUGACCUUAAGCUGUGCUCUAUAUAAUUUUAAGCAGUCACAGAGUUUGCCAAUCUGAUCUGAGUGGGAGUAAACCUGUAUAUAGGGCACGCUCUAUUCUCACUUAAGAAAAGUAAUCAUAAGUGAUUGUGUACUUAUAGCAAAAGACCAGUGAAGUCAAUGAAAGUAUAAUAAUUAGAAUGGGCUUCCCAAAUCUUAUGAUAUGGGACAGAUAGAAAUGUAGAUUCCAGGCCCUUUUCAUUCACUCACUCAGCAAACAUUCAAACGAGGUGCCCCACACAGGAGAGAGAGAGUCCUUUAAGUAGCGAACAAUCUAGAUGUGGAUUUAGAGAUCUUAUUUCCAUAUUGGGACACAUUUCUGCAGCUGCAACACAUUUUCGAAGGACUAUUCUGCCUAAGCUCAUGGGCAUUCCGAAUAGAUUCACCAGAGAUUGCUCAUUUGUAAGGAAGGAGGAUUUGGCAGGUGAGGAACUGAGAUCUGAUUGUUUGAUCUGAUUAGCGAAUGCUUCAGCUGCAACAUUUGGCAUGGCAUGCAUGCGAUUCGGCCUAUUUGAAGCCUCCAUUUGUACUUCUCUAUAAAAACCGGGCAUGCAGGAAAAGGAAGACAAGGGGUAGUAUACAAGCAUCCAGCUGGCUUAGAUUCUAGCACAAUCCAAACCCCGUCCCUUCUUAAUUCCUCCACAUAGAAUAAUUGUUUGCUGUUUAAAUCGUAAGUCUCGGAGGAUUGGGUAGCGUUUCUUUUUUUCCACAGAAUAUUAAUUUUAAAGGUUCCCAAGCAACAUAAACAUACACGUAGUCGUAAAUGUCAGAUGAACACUUGAACUGACUUAUGGAUAACAAAAGCAAUCAUCCUGACACACAAUUCGCAUUCCCUUGUCCCAGCCGAAAAAUAACUUUAAAAUAGCAUUUCCCUACUUAGCACCCACAAUAAAUGCAAUCUGCCACCUCCAACUUGGGGUCCUGCCUAAGGCUGGGUCUAAAUGCUACACCAGCCUAAAAGCAGCCCAGCUUUCCUUGGAAAGAAUUAGAAGCACUGACAUAACACCUUUGCCUUUAACCUAAAAUUAUUAUCGGUCCCAUGCCCUUAAAAAAAAUGCUGUCUUAAAGUUUAUUUGGCUGAGAUGUUCUCCUGCUGCUAUUAAUUGCUGGACAGAGAAUUGCCUCUAAGACUCAUCAUUUUAUCCCAGAGGGGAGUCCACUACUUUAAUUAGUUGAUGAGAAAACCAGGAAUAAAAAAAGACAGAAGUGAUCCUUUUAAUAUAAUAGUCACUAAUUCAACAAAACAGGGGAAAGCAGGGGGCCAAUUUGAGACAACGUAAAUUUCAAGGCCAUUAUAAUUACUGGCUAUCAGAAUUAAGUUUUCUACUCUUCUAGUCAGGUAUAGUGACACUAGGAAUCCGGUUUAAUAUGUGCGUGUUAGAGCUCAAGGCUAUGUGGCCUUGAACUUGUACAAUGGCUCCAAAAUACCCAGGAGAAAAACAUUUAUAUCCAAAUGUCAAUUUCAAAUCACAACUGACACAUUAUAGGUAAGGAUGAGAUGUUUCACAUCCUCAGUAUAUAUAAAAGAGUAACUAAAAUAUAUAACAUACUUUAUAGUCAGGGAAAAAAGCAAUUCAGUAGAUCAAUUAGCUAGAAAUGAACUGCAACUGGCUAUAAUUUAACACAAAGGACUCUAUAUUGUUGAUUCAUGGAUAAAAACGAAACCAGAAAACAAGUUCUCGAUGUGUAAAUGGGCUUGUCAUUCAAUGUUUAAAACCUUUAGAUCAAAAAAAAAUUGAGUAGCUAUUUCAUUUUUAAUCCCAGUUUUGUAGUAACAUAAACAUGUCAAUACUCUGCAUUCCAAGAGGCCCUGGGAAGACAGCUUGGCUGUGGGGUGUCUGCAAGCUGUCCUAAGAUGGCAGCACUCACAUCACCUCAGAACUUGGAAAUGAAAAGUUCUGGGUCUCAUCCCAGAUCCCAUUAAAAAAAAAAAAAAAAAAAAAAAA